GUACGAGCAUGCGGUUGGACGAACCAGCCCUGCGGGCUGUUUGUAGAAAUGGACCAGGCCCGCAUCGCAUAUCACCUGUUGCACUGGCACGGUGUACAACCCACAGACACGGCUGUCUGCAAAUUCGAGGAUUGCUCAAGAUCAGAGGCAAUGCUCAGUUUGGGCCGUCACAUUGAGAGCGUCCACUAUACUACGUCUUACGAAUGCCCCUAUUGCGGAGGGCGGCAUUCGAGAUCAGAUUCUUCGUAUCGGCACCAAGCGACAUGU